AUGAAAUUGAACGAAGAUACAGUGCUUAGUGGCGAGAAGGUGGCUCUUGUGCCUUACAGACCAGAACAUGUACCCAAGUAUCACGAAUGGAUGAAGUCACCUUUCCUUCAAGAAAUGACCGCGUCUGAACCAUUAACAUUGGAGGAAGAAUACGAGAUGCAGGAAUCAUGGCAUCAAGACGAAGAGAAGCUGACAUUCAUCAUCACUAGCCUACCGAAUGAUGACAGCAGGUCAUUAAAAGAUAUACCAGAAACAGAAAUCAAAGAUAACACAGUCAUGAUUGGAGAUGUAAAUAUCUUUUUCAAUGACCAAGACCAGGAUCCAACAUUUGGCGAGAUUGAGGUCAUGAUUGCUGAGCCAGACUACAGAAGAACCGGUCGAGGAAGAGAAGCAUUAAAGAUCAUUAUGGGCUAUGCAUUGCAAGUGAUAGGACUCAAGACAUUCCAUGCCAAGAUCUCUUUAAAGAACGAUCCCAGCAUUAAUUUAUUCAAAUCAAAGUUUGGUUACUAUGAGAUUGCAGUGUCCACCGUUUUUCAAGAAAUUACAUUAGAAUGGACACUUUUGGGUUCUUCAUCCACAGUCAAAGUAGACGAGUAUGGCAACGAGAUAGAGGCUUAUGGAUCAAAAGCAACGCCAGAACAACACAGCACGGUGUUGUCUGUGCACAAGGACUUGAUAGAUUACUGGAACAACAAUGUCAAGACGGGCCAUUAUGCUUAA